AUGUCAGAUAAUGAGAGAGUGGAUAAAGACACUUGUGAUAACAGUCAUUAUGAAGAGACACUUCCCAACGAAAAUGAAAAUAUUGAAAUUGUUGUUAAUAAUAACUCCAGUGAAUCUAGUGACUAUCAAGAGGAGAUCAAACAAGUCGUCACAAAUGAAAGUGAUUCUGCUGAUUCAGACUUGGAAAGGCAGAUUUAUAAAAAAAUAUAUGUUACUAAUUCAGCGACUCUCAAGUAUUCGUCAAAAACGGCCAGACUCAUUGCAUACAUAUGUAGCGAACACACCAUUUGCGGCGAAGUAGAAGUGCCGCAAGACCAUUUGGACGCUUGUAGAGUGUGCAACUCUACGGGACAAAACUACGGCGUUUUACCAGGAUCGCAAGCCGGAGAUGGUAUUCCAGAUUUCGAUUUUGUCUUUCACGUUUCCGCAAUGCAAACGGAACGGUGCAAUAAGUCUUUGACUGUUGCUUAUGCCAAUCAUUGUCAACGGGAAUCUGGACUGGAUAGGCCAAUACCUGAACAUGCCAACUUAUGUCCCAACAAUGGACCGCCCCUAACUGAACGCAGCCUGAAAACUGGAAAACCACAUUUGAAUGAAACCUUACAAACCUACCAGUGGAGCGAAAAUGUGAUAAAAUUCUAUCGGCGGACUUGGUUCGUCAAAGACGGAUACGCCAAUCGACAAGUCCAUAUGAUAAUCACUCCUAAUGUAGUUCGUGAAGCUAGGCAUUAUUUCAAUUGUACUGUACUAGAAGGAGCUGAGCUAGAUGAUCAAGGUGAAGAGAGAACGGCACUUACUCAUUGAACAACUCGCAAUAUCCUCAAAAGAAAAUUGAAGCAGCCCUCAUCUGAUUGGCAAACAGUGUUUACUGAAGGUGACACGGUUGAGUCUAUUGCUGUUGAAUCGGAACCACCCGACUAUCCAAAAACGAAGUUUGAAUCCAUAACUGAUGACCCACAGUCUGAAAUACCUUCAUCUUAUGCUGCUAAUUCUGAAUUUCCAAGAUCAGCGACACCAGAAAGUAGUCAAUUAGGGCUAGAUAGAACGGUUGCUACUUCUGCUACACCUAUUUUGAAAUCAUUUGGCUCUUCCUUACAGGUUCCACUAAAGACACGAAAUUUAAGUCAAUUAAGACAGGACCGGAACUCUAAUAUCAGAAAGAAAAAAAUCGGUAAACCUUUAGAAAGCCCUCGAAAAAGGCUUCUUGACCAAUGUAGUAGUAUUGGGAAAAAUAUAAAUACAUUCGUAAGGCAAAGCACUAACGCUGUUGGGGAAAGUUAUAUUGACAAAGAUGACUUUGCAAUUUCUAUGGCAGAAUCACUAAAAAAGGUAAAGGGUGAAAAAAAGAAAAUAAUUCUCAAGUCAAUUUUAGUUUGGAUUGCCGAUGAAAGUGAUUAUGAUGAAUAA